UGAAAAUGCCUCCAACGAGCAAAAUAACAUAAUACAGAUAUGAAUUCUGGAGAAAUGAUGCAUGUGACCAGGCCGAAGUCUUCAAAGGGACGCAGUAGGCCCAUGAUGGCACCCACUCAGAUUGUGGAUACACCUGCGCAGCACUCGUCACUUUCACCCCAACCUCCAGCCAAGGCAAAUGACAGAUUCAACCAAUGCCUCCGAUCCAGAGCCUUUCUGAGACGCAGCAGUCGGCAGAGCACCGAGAUUCUGUCUGACAUCUGUGACAAACCCCUGGAUGAGACCGUCUCACUCAACAAAUACAGGGUUCUCCCUAACAUUGAGAGAAAAACAACAGUGAAUGGAGCCAGUGCAAGUACAGAACGGAAGGCAUUACAGUUCAGCCCAGGUGGCAACAGUCGUUGGAUAUGCAGGCACCAGUGUGUGCAACACAGUUCACAUGUUCCCACAAAGGCAAAGUUCAAUACAAGUUUGAGGAGCAGUUCCAACACCCCUAAGCUACCAAACCAAUCAGAUGUGAUGUCAAAGGGGACAGGAAGAGACACAGGUCAACCUCCUCGAGAUGAACCAGAUCUGCUGCUUGCUAUCAGAACUGCAUGUGGUCGAAGAUUCAAGUGCCAUUUCCACCCAACAGACAAGCUCCAGGAGGUGCUAUCAGCUGCAGAGGCUGAAUUUGGGGAGAAGUUUGACAAUUGUCUGAUUGAGACUAUGGACGUCCCACGCAGGACAUUUGCAAACAUGACAAUGACCUUUGCUCAGUGUGGCAUCUUAAACAAAUCGGUUUUAUGCAUUUCCAAAGAUGAUGACAAUAUGGAUUUAUCUUGAAACCUGAUGAUUGCAUGAAAGUGCCUAUCUAGUAGAUUCAUGACAAAUUCAAUUUACAGUCCAAUCAACAUUUCAAAUCAAAAUUCAUAUUCCUCAUUUUUUAAAUCUGAGAGCUAUUCCUGCUAACAUAAAUGUACUUAUAAACAUAAAAAUAAGUCAAAGAGGUGAAUGUUACUUUAGUCACUUGUAAAAUAAAUACAUGA